AUGAGCGACUCCUGCUUAUUGUGUAACGCCUCCGGCGUCCAUCCGAAAUGUGCGUGCGGGAAGGUCUUCUGCGCGGAGUGUCUCGUGGCUCACCGGAAGAAAGCCCACGGCGAGAACCCCAACAAGGAGUGGUCGCCAAUAGCCUGGAUACGAGGCGAGUAUCCCAGCCUAAUUGCCAACUGGAAGGCUGCUUUUGCCACGGACGAAAGCGCCAAAUGGUUCGGGUUCUACUUUGAGCGCAAGGGAAGCGAUGCUAGCGCGGAAUACGACGACCCACGGGAUACCCAUGGAAGAGGGAGACAUGGUGAAGGGAAGAUGGCACUGGAGGCGAAAAAUUUCCGACACAUUAUCGAGACUCCUAGGUUCUCGCUUCUAGUCGACCAGUCGCGGCAUCUCCGCGAGGAUAGCCCCAGGAGACAAUUCCCAAGGAUUGUUACUUUCGUGGGCAAGACGGGAUCCGGGAAGUCAACAAUGAUUAGAGCUCUUAUCUCAUUGACAGCCAAAGGCGACCUGGAACGGACACAAGCCCCGACACCUGCAGACCCCAAAGAGCCCGCAAGGCCCACAACAGGGGAAGUCAAUCUUUACCCGGAUCCUGGCACUUUUGGGACGGAGUCUCCACUGUUCUACGCCGACUGUGAAGGCUUCGGUGGUGGUCAGCCGCUUGCGGCCGACUACCAGAGUCUCUGGCAACAAUCCAAAGGGUCUAGACUCUACACCUUUCAAGGACAGCAUGCACAGUCUGUAGACCGCAAGCAUGCGGUGGAAGACGUCUACCCCCGGUUUCUCUACAUAGUCAGCGACGUCAUCUGCAUGGUAGUCAAGAACACCAAAACCCUGCCAAGCGUGGUCGCCCGGCUGCUCGAGUGGAGCCAGAUAGGCGCAGGGAACACAGUCAACCGAUACGCCCGACCUGCCGCACUUAUAGUGAUAAACAUGGACAGCACCAUGCUGGAAUGGGCCAGGAGUAAGGGAAAAAACUUGACAGAGGCCUUCCUGAUGAUAGGAGAGAAUGAACUAUUCAGCGACAGAAGGAUGAAGAUACUAGCAGAAAACUGUGGUGCCAAGACUAUGCGAGAGCUCCUUAACGUCCACUUCUCCGAGUUUCAUAUAUACUCCAUGCCACAGACCGACGACGGCGGCAAAAGGCUAACAACAGCGUCAGACGUGUGGAGCAAGGUCGGCGAAAUUUCACGUUGUCUCCAGCAGGCAUCGUGGAAUGUUCAUCGCCGCCGGGAGCAUAAUUGGAUCCGACUGGACUCUCAUCAGAUGAGCAUAGUCUUUGAUCGUGCCUUUCAGCACCUCGUAACCAGCAGGAGUGGUCCGUUCAAUUUUAAUCACACUCAGCAGGAGGUGCCGACUCCGCCGACCUUCAGACACUACCUCGUGCGAUUUUGCAGGAUCACAUUUUCUGGAGGGAUGCAGGAAGGCUUUGCCUAUUGUGCGUCCCUCAUCGCACAGUCGUUGGUAAUCGAGAGACUGAGAAGUAACGGCUAUGGUAGGUGGGCUGCACUGGUGGACAGAUGCGAUGUGCAUGCGUUGACAGGAAGCAAAGAUAUAGCACCGACCCCAGAUGCCGUUUUCACCAAGGCCAUUCGGGAGGACUGCACAGUCGCGGCGAGAGCGCUCUUCUACAGGUACCUCACAUGCGCGUAUAGAGACCCUCUGACCGGGGCCCGCUGCUUGAACACGAGGUCGGGGCACGAGGGCGGCCACCAACUGGACCGAGGUCCUAGCAACACGACGCUGAUUCGGCCUGGCAUGUUUGAGUUCGGAGAUUACACGCCAGGAGAGUUCGUCAGGGCCAUCGAAAAAAGCACGCGCGAGUUCACGUCUUCCUGUAAUCAAUUCGCUUCCACAGGCGACCGCAAAGUCUGGGCCAUGCAGAGGCAUAAAGAGACCCUUCAGACGGCGCCGCGGCCAGACUUCUGGGCUACAGCCUCCGACAGGGACAGGCCCUACGUCGACAACCUGCCAUGCAUCCCGUGCUUGUUCAGGAGGCCAGAAUAUCGCAUGCCCUGUGGCCACUACCUGUGCCAUGUCUGUAUUGAGCAACUCCAGGACCCCCAACUCUCAGCGGAACCGUCCGCCGUCGCAAUGCACUGGAGCUGCCCUAUCUGCGGCAUGAACGAGCCGGAAGAUGCGUGGCCCGUUGUGAUUCAGCAGGUGCCCCCAUUGGCGGGCAUUCGGAUCUUAUCGCUAGAUGGAGGCGGGGUGCGCGGGAUCCUUGAGGUACUUAUACUCCAGCGACUCGAGAAAACGAUAGGUCUGGAGAUUCCUAUCAGACACUUCUUCGAUCUCAUUGUCGGCACUAGCGCAGGUGGCCUCAUCGCCCUCGGUCUGGGCGUGCAUGGCUGGGACAUCGAUACUGCGGUCUCGAAAGUUGACGACCUCAGCCAGAAGAGUUUCAUGAAGAGGAGUGGGAUUGACAGCUUCUUUUUCGGCUGGUACUACAGGCGGAAACUUCAAUCCAUAUACGAGCCUGAGCCACUCGAAGAGGCAUUGAAGCGAGCGUUUCCGGCCACCACGACCCUCUUUGGCCUUCGUCCGCGGGAAUCUGGAUGCCUGUCGCACCUCCCACGGGUCGCCGUCACGACUAACCGGAACGGAGUAACCCACUACAUUGCCAAUUACGACGCUGGCGAUGGGAAGCGUCAUCUUGAAUCACGUCGACCCACCUGGGAGGCCGCCAGGGCUACUUCCGCGGCACCCUACUACUUCACACCAUUCCGCAGUGCGCAGGACGGAGACCUACUCAUCGACGGCGGCCUGCAGGAUAAUAACCCGGUUGACAUCGCCAGGCUGGAAGCCCGCAACUUGUGGUCCGAAAAUGUGCGGGUCGACACGCUCCUCUCGAUUGGGUCGGGUCAGUCUUACCGCGAUAACACCAUCCCCAACAUCUCUUACGUACCUGGCUGGGUGGGCAAGCUCGCCAAGAACUACUUCAGCUCGGUGAAUGGGGAGCAGAGGUUUUGGCAGUGCUGGAAUUCGUGGGACGAGAGGCAGAGGCAGAAGGCUCGGCGCCUGAACGUCCAUUUAGGCCAGGAGCGCUACGAUCUGGACGACAACUCCACGAAUACCAUCAAUGCGCUGAAGGAGUGGGCACGCACUUACAGCUUUACCCCGGAUUGGAGGACUUUGCGUUUCCAUGAAGCGGUCAUGGGAGUUGAGAACAAGGACUCGCUGUUAGAGGUCGCUACGAGGCUCAAGGCUUCCUUGUUCUAUUUCCGGCUCAGCAACAUUGAGUACUCCACAGCUAACCGUACAGCCGUGUUUAUUAGCGGGUCAAUAGGUUGCCGCAUUCGGACGACGGAAGACGGCGAUGCGCAGGCCGUGGGGCUUGAUGGGGCGAGAUCCUGGAGUUUGUUGGAGGAACAGACGAAAAUAUUCGUCGUCAGGGUUGGCGGUGAAAUCACUAUCAAUGUCACUCCCUGUUGGAAGCGAUCGACUUCAGGCAACCCCGAAACUGUGGUGGCUUUCGAGUGCGCGGAGCCGAAAACGAAAUCGAUCUCGUUCGAAGUGGGGUUCGAGAGGGAUGAUGAGACGCAACAAGCACCCAUCAGCGGAUGUCCCUAUGUAUUCGAGGACCUGGAAGCAUUCUGGAAGAGUCACCUUUCCGGUGCCACCCCAUGGAAGGCGUCCGUUGGUAACGACGAUCAUGACGAGUAG